AUGGACUUCCGGUAUGGACUUCCGGUGUGGAUGUUGUGGCGGCGCCAUCUUGCCUGCAGUAGGGUACUCUUGGAACCUUUCAGGAAACUAACCGGAAAUUUUCCACCCCUUUGCAACCCUAGAUAUGAGGCUGUUUUUUCAUGUUGUUCUUUUUGAAUUAUUACAAAAAAGAGAUGAUUUUAACUAUUAAAACAUAUGCUAUUGGAGGAAUUUAUAGCGACAAUGUCAAAAAAAGUGGACAAAUUAGGAACUGGAAGCUUUGUGUGAGACUUAUUAUCAAUUAGAUGUUUAUCGACACGACUUAACAAAAAGAAAUCCACACAUUAAUUGAAUAUUAAAAUAACAUAUCGAUGAGACAUGCGUUUUUGAAUUAAAACUGAAUUUGACUCGAUUUUAAUAAAUUAUAAAGUGCCGUGAAUACUUUGACCUGGAAGGACCUGCGAGGCCGCGGCUUACAAAGCUGUGACGUCACCCCGGCUCGUCACAUCUUUGUCAGUGAACAAAAUGGCAACCUACUGUCUCACUGCAGCCCGGCUCCAGCUGGCUCUGGGCCAUGGUGUACGCCGCCUGCAUGUAUCAGCUGCCUACAGAGCCAAGGCUCAAGUGUCUAUGAGCCGCUUUGAGCCCACAUCAUUCGUGAACUACGAGAAGCUGCGUUCAAAUGUUGACAUUGUACGGAAAAGGCUCAACCGUCCACUCACCUUGUCAGAGAAGAUCGUGUACGGCCAUCUCGAUGACCCCCACAACCAGGAUAUCGACCGCGGUCGCACUUACCUGCGACUCCACCCCGACCGCGUCGCCAUGCAGGACGCCACAGCCCAGAUGGCGAUGCUCCAGUUCAUCAGCAGCGGCCUGCCAAAAGUGGCCGUGCCCUCCACCAUCCACUGUGAUCACCUGAUCGAGGCCCAGAUCGGAGGGGACAAGGAUCUGGCCAGAGCAAAGGAAGUCAACCAUGAGGUCUACAACUUCCUGUCCAGUGCAGGUGCUAAAUAUGGAGUUGGUUUCUGGAAGCCUGGCUCUGGAAUCAUCCAUCAGAUCAUCUUGGAGAACUACGCCUACCCAGGAGUGAUGCUGAUCGGCACAGACUCCCACACUCCAAAUGGUGGUGGGCUUGGUUCCAUCUGCAUUGGAGUUGGAGGCGCAGAUGCUGUAGAUGUCAUGGCAGGAAUCCCCUGGGAGCUGAAAUGUCCUCAGGUGAUCGGUGUGAAGCUGACAGGCUCCCUCUCAGGCUGGACUUCCCCUAAAGACAUCAUCCUGAAGGUGGCCGGCAUCCUGACAGUGAAGGGCGGCACUGGAGCCAUUGUAGAAUACUUCGGACCAGGAGUGGACUCCAUUUCCUGCACUGGAAUGGCCACCAUUUGCAACAUGGGAGCAGAGAUCGGAGCCACGACCUCAGUGUUCCCGUACAACCACCGCAUGAAGACCUACUUGGAAAAGACCGGGCGUGGAGAGAUCGCUGUCCUGGCUGAUGAGUACUCAGACUUGUUGGUACCAGAUGAAGGCUGCACUUACGACCAGGUCAUCGAGAUCAAUCUAGAUGAGCUCAAGCCCCACAUCAACGGACCCUUCACCCCUGACCUGGCUCACCCUGUGUCUGAUGUAGGUGCCACUGCUGAAAAGCACGGAUGGCCACUGGAGGUGAAAGUUGGUCUGAUCGGCAGCUGUACCAACUCCAGCUACGAGGACAUGGGCCGUGCUGCCUCUGUGGCCAAGCAGGCUCUGGAUAAAGGCCUGAAGUGCAAAGCUCAGUUCACAGUCACCCCUGGCUCAGAGCAGAUCCGUGCCACUAUCGAGAGAGAUGGAUAUUCAAAGAUCCUUGGUGAUGUGGGAGGUGUGGUCCUGGCUAAUGCCUGUGGACCCUGCAUUGGACAGUGGGACAGGCGUGACGUGAAGAAGGGAGAGAAGAACACAAUCGUCACAUCCUUCAACAGAAACUUCACAGCCAGGAAUGAUGCUAACCCCGCAACACACGCUUUUGUUACCUCUCCUGAGAUUGUCACUGCCCUCGCAAUCGCUGGCACCUUGAGCUUCAACCCAGAAACUGAUUACCUUACUGCCGCCAACGGUGAGAAAUUCAAGCUGGAUCCCCCGAACGGAGAUGAACUACCCUCCAGGGACUUUGACCCUGGUCAGGACACCUACCAGCACCCACCCCCUGACGGCCUAGACCUGAGGGUGGACGUCAGCCCCGAGAGCAAUCGCCUCCAGCUGCUGGAGCCUUUCGAUAAAUGGAGCGGUGGUGAUCUGGAGAACUUGAAGGUCCUCAUCAAGGUGAAGGGCAAAUGCACAACAGACCACAUCAGUGCCGCCGGACCUUGGCUGAAGUUCCGUGGUCACCUGGACAACAUCUCCAACAACAUGCUGAUUGGCGCCGUUAACAGCGAGAAUGACGCCAUCAACAAGAUCAAGAACUACCUGACAGGAGAUUACGGCGGAGUCCCUGAUGUGGCCCGUCACUACAAGGCUAAUGGUGUGUCGUGGGUUGUGGUGGGAGAUGACAACUACGGUGAGGGCUCCAGCAGAGAGCACGCCGCCCUGGAGCCCAGACAUCUGGGAGGAAGAGCUAUUAUUGUCAAGAGCUUCGCCAGAAUUCAUGAGACUAACCUGAAGAAGCAGGGUCUGCUGCCUCUGACCUUCAGCAACCCAUCAGACUACGACAAGAUCCGCCCAGACGACAAGGUCUCCAUCAAAGGACUAGCAACCUUCACUCCUGGAAAGCCUCUUUCUGCACUCGUGAAGCACAGCGAUGGCAGUGAGGACAUCCUGGAAAUGAACCACACCUUCAACGAGACACAGAUCGAAUGGUUCAAGGCGGGAUCCGCCCUAAACAGGAUGAAGGAGCUGCAGCAUUGAAGGAGAGAAGAUGUGGAGGGGGUGUGUCUUCAGGGGAAAAUGGGGUGUUAGGAUUGUGUUGGGAAAGAAAAGGGAUGAAGAAUGUUCUUGUUGUGAAUGAUUGCUCCAUCAUCUGCAUUUGCUCACAGUUUGAACUGAAGAUGUGUCUGUUAAUCUCAAAGAGUUGUCAGUGAUUACUUCAGGCAUCGUGUGAAGCUCAUGUUGAUGAUGGGACAAUACAGGCUGGUCUGUGGUCAGAUAUUUCUAUAAACCUUCAUUUGUCAGUGCAUAGCGUUCUGAAGGUACUAAACGCUACUAUGUUUCAAUACCUAACAUCAUAAGUGGUUAGUGUUCAGUCUACUGUAGAAACAAAGGUGAGACACACUCACACAGACACACAGGUACUCUUUUACACACAGUUUCAACCCGAGCAAUGACAUAGUUCCCUGCUAGCUGAUGUGUGUUUUUGCAGCUUUUCAAACAACUUCACACUGAUCCCACUCACCAUAUUGUUGAAGUCCUGUGUUGCUCACUGCAUGGCGAUCACCAGCUUUAGUCAACUGUUGUUGUUCAGCCUGCUCCUGCUUAAUUUACACUCCACCCUUAAAGGCCCGAGCCUGCUGCUGGUUGCACCUUUUAAGGGUCUAUUUGUUCUCAAGGGUCUCUGUAGUUGCAAAGAUCACAUGCAGCUAAAAGGAAUUAGUGGGAGCACUUACUUACUUUUUUACACUCACAGAAUUGUGAUCACCCAGACUGCCCCCCAGUGGUCAGGAGGAGAAGUUUUAGCAGAGAGAGGGCUCAGUUCCGAGUAAAUUUUCUCUAAUUGUACACAUCAAAAGCAGCAGCUCGAUGACACAAAUGUUUCUAUAAAGUGUUGAAAGGAAUUCUGGGAAAUGUAGGAAGUCCAUUGGGUGGUUUCAGAAAAAGUGGAUUCAGCAAUGAUCACAAUUAACCCAAACUAGUGAAAUCAGUGGGAUGAAUUGAAAAUCAAAGACAGAUUACUGUAUAUUUUAUUAGAGAGAGCAUUAAGAAGUCUGUUUUUGUAUCCGUCUUUUAGAAAAGUAUGUUUUUAUUCAUCACAGGGCAUGUAAAAUACGUUGUUUUAAUACUGAGUGAGAAUGCAGUAACUAACCCUCUUCUUCCUAAACUCACUUCCACCAUCCUUAAACUUCUCAUCCAAACAAUCCUAACCCCCCAAUAAGGUCAAAACAUUAUGUUGUUCCCCUACUGUUUAUUUAUUUAUACAUUAUUUCUGUAAAAAAAUCACACCUUGCCUGGAUUGGUUAAACUCAGAUUUCUUGUUGAACAGGGUAUACUUAUUUUCAGUGACUUUCACCCAAACAAAAAGAAAAAUCGAUGGAACAGGAAAGUGAGGGUGCACUUAGUUUUGCUGCCAAUAGAUAAUGGUGCAACUCUUGGGAACCCUGUUGUCUGAGUCAGCUGCUUUUGGUCCUCAAUGGAUGAAACAGAAUUCACUCCAAACCCUCACUUUGAGGCUUUAUAACCGCAGAUUAGACAAGAUACAUUUUAUCCUCUUCUUUAACGUCACUGCUCCAGCCCAUCAAAAACAUAACGCAGAUGUGAAGAAGAAAAUGAUCACACAGAGUGAAGUCAUACCACUCUCUAUCUCUAACUUACAGUAUGUAAAGUGUCUGAUCCUAUGUACAUUUAAGUGUUUGUGUUUUUUUUUUCACCCAGAUUAUCUUUUCUGUAUUACAGAAAUUCCAAUGGGUUGUAAAAUAUAAUAAAAAAUCACAGAUCUCAUAUAUUUACACUGCCUCCAGUGAUGUGACUAAACUGUGUAUAUGGCUGCGGUGUAUUUGUACAGAUGUACGCUGAUCUAUCAUCUGUCAGACCCAAUGAAUACAAUAUGAAAAUUCAUGUAAACCUGGAAAUGAACAAAGCAUAUGCAUUAAAAUCUGGACAGGAUUAUCAUGUUAGUCACUGUUGUUUCAUGAUUUGGAAAGAAAAAUACAGUGUUUCUUAUCUCUGAAAAUA